AAGAGAAAAUGAUUCUCAACAAAGAGCCGCCAUUGUGGAUUUUGAUGGUACACUGGAAAAAGAGAAGAUUAUUUGUAGUUUGGAAGAAGAUCUUUGUAGAAUUUGAUAUUCCUUCCAUGUCGAUACGAAAAAAAAAAUCGAGAGAGCUUGCUAAGAAUUAAAUUAAAAGAUUUUAAUUAAAGGAAAAGUUGAUUAGAGAAAAAAAAUAUUUUCUUUUAAGAGAAAAACCAAAUAACCGCGUUGACUUUGUUUUCUUUUUUGUUCUAUUCUAAGGUCGAUAGAUGUCGACACUUAUUCUCAGGCGAAAAUAAGAUUGAUAUUGAUUAAAAUAAGUUCUCUAAUUAAUCUAAUAAUUAAGUAAUUGUAAAUUCUAAUAAAGUAUAAAUUCUGAUAAAUUGUGACUCCCUACCUUCUGGGGCACACGUUAAUAUAUAACUUGUUUCAGUAUCUCCUCUUUGAGUGUCUAAUUUACCUCUGAAGAAAAUCAACAUGUGCAACGGCCACGUGGCUCCAGGUGAUAGUGUCUCCAACUCUUCUGCGAAAGAAGAUUUAAAGUCUCAAAUCACUGAACUUUUCAAUGAAAUAAUCACCAACACCCUUCAAGCUGCCAAACAAAGAUCGCAAGGCAAAUGGACGAAAAGCCUCAACAACAUCCUGAGUGCAGUCGACAAAUCCUUUGGUAAUCAACAUCUGAACCAAACUGACAGUUCAUUUGACUAUAACAAGAUCAUGGAGAAAAUGGAAUCGAUCGAGAAGAAAAUUGAUUCUUCAUCAAGUAAAACAUAUGCUGAUGUUUUAAAGAAGAAACCGAUAUUUACCACCGUAAUCAUCAAGCCGAAAAAACCUGAUACAAAUGUUGAGGAAGCUCAUCGAAAGAUUGUCAGAGCCACCAAAGAUGAUUCGAGUAUGCAUGUCAUCAACACAUCGUCCAACUCAAGAAGCAUUAGGAUAACAUCUGAUGAUAAGAACAUGGUGUCCAAAAUACGGGAAAAAGUCAAAGAUAUUGGAUUGGAGGAGGAAGUAGACGUUGGAUCGCUUAAGAAGCUCGACCCUCAGAUAUCGUUUAUAAUUGAUGAAGAUCAACUGGAGUCAGUUGAUAAGUUCAAGGCCAGAAACGAUAUCCCAGAGGAAAUGGAAGUCACCAUAGUAAACACUGUCCCCUUUCGAAGUAGAAAGAAUCAAAGUAAACUCAGAAUCGUAAUUCGAAUGGCGAGAGAAGCACGUCAGAAAAUCGAAAAUAGAGACUUUGUCUUCAUGGGUUCACAGAGUGCACCGUAUAAAAAUGACUUCUACAUCAGAUCGUGCUCAAACUGCAACAGAUUCGGUCAUUCUACCAAAUUCUGCAACAAUCAACCUCAGUGCUACAAGUGUCCUGAAAACGACAAUGUACACUCAUCCAAACAAUGCGAAAAAGAAAAUCAAAUGAGCGGAUGCUCAUUCUGUAAAAAUAACAACAUAAGUGACAAUCAACAUGCACCUAGAAGUCCACAAUGCGUCUCAUUCAACAACUCCAUCAACCUCAUCAAAUCGAUAACCGACUGGGACUAUGAAGAUUAA